AAAUCCCUCCGCGAUGCACCAGCACCCGCCCCCCGGCACCAUCCAACCACAUGCGCUCCCACCCCCGCACAUGCUCAUGCACCCGCCCCCGCACAUGGCCGGCCAUCCAAUGCCACAUCCAUACGCUCCGUACCCGCCCCCGCCUGGUGAUUUUUCCCCGGGAGGCAUGCCACCACAUCCCGGGGCGCCGCCCCCUGGCCACCCCGGCGGCCCACCACCUCAACAACAGCAGGAGCAGCCCCGAUCCGGCAGCUCGUCCGGCGGACGGACGCUUAGCCAGAGCAAGCGAGCCGAGCAGAACAGGAAGGCCCAGCGCGCGUUCCGAGAGCGAAGAGAUCAACACGUCAAAACGCUCGAGUCGCGUUCGCAGCUGCUCGACGCCGCGCUCGCGUCUGCGGACGAGGCGAACCGUCGGUGGGAAGAGUGCCGUACGAUCGUCGAUCAGCUCCGGAUCGAGAACGCGACCUUGCGCGCGACGCUGCAGGCCACGCAGGCUCAGCUGAUGGCUCUCAACCCCAACGCCAACAUCCCGAUUCCCGACCAUGCAGGCAUCGUUAACGGCUCGAACGGCGCGCCCCAGACACAACCUCCGCCAGAGCAGGCUCAACAGGCGCCUGCGGGGAACGAUCCUGAGAGGAACGGACAGGGUGCAGCUGCGGGAGAUGGGCAGGAGAGGAAGUGACGACCGGAGGCGGCUUGUCUUGCGGAUUACCUCUCGGCGGAGCGGUGCGAGGCGUGUCCUCUGUCUCCUGGAAGCCUUCGACCCCUUUAUACUCUGAUUAUUCUCGUAUGUCAUUGUGCGAGCUUCUCCCUCCCGUCCUGCACUGUAGCUACCCGAUUGUACCAUACAUUUUUCAACUGGUCUGGGGCUUCGUUGGUCGUCCAAUUUGCGGUCGGCGUCUGAGACCCCAACGUGAAGAAUUGCCGAUCGGCAGACGGGCCAUCCACAGCCGCCCCGCAUUGACGCGCACGCUGUAGAGUGUCAGACGGACUUGCGCGUGCUGGUGAGCUGGUGCGAGACACCGUUCCUCUGACGACCUCCACGACUCGUUAUGGCCCAAAUCGAAGAAUAUAAGGAGCCCAAAGCUCAGGCAAAGAAGAGACGAGGCCCUCCGCCCCUCGUGAAAUACUACCUCGUCCUUUACAACGUGCUCUCCACCGUCGGCUGGGCCUACAUCCUUUUCAUCACCGCCAAUGUAGUCUUCAACCUCGACGGGAAGCACUCCACUGUCCCCCGUGCGCCCGGCGCAGCGACGCUCCAGCGGAAGAUCGAGAAUGCGCUCCCGGAGGUCCUCGUGCCCGUCAUCAGGCGGGCGUCGCGUGCGUUCGCAGAGGUAGGGGCGCAGACGGCGUUCGUGCAGAGCUUCGCUGCGCUGGAGGUGCUCCACGUCCUGCUGGGAUGGGUGCGAAGCCCGCUCGUCACGACGCUCAUCCAGGUCGGGAGCAGGCUCUACCUCGUCUGGGGCAUCGCGGACCUCUUCCCCAAGGAAACGCACACGAACCCGCUCUACGCGUCCAUGGUGCUCUCCUGGUCGCUCACCGAGGUCGUCCGCUACUCCUUCUACGCCUCAUCCCUCCUCGGCGCCGAGCCCGCGCCCCUCGUCUGGCUCCGCUACACGCUCUUCUACGUCCUCUACCCGACCGGCGCGUCCUCGGAGGCGUUCCUCAUGUACGCGACCCUCCCGCACCCCGCGUUCGGCGCGGGCUGGGACUCGCUCCGUGUGUACGUCCGCGGCUUCCUGUUCGCGGUGUGGUGGCCUGGGCUGUAUGUGAUGUACACGCAUAUGAUCAAGCAGCGGCGCAAGGUGCUCGGGGGCGGCGGCCCGGCCGGGCCCAAAGUGAAGCGCUCGUGAACCGCGAGACGCUGUACAAGGUCGCUCUUGAAGAGCUGAAGGAGUGCGGUUACGACGUCUGGCCCAAGCUCGAGUCCUUCAUCAGCUCAGGAGGCACGCACAGCAGGCCUGCAGAAGAGAAGAAGAAGCCGGCCGUGAAUCCCGCUGUCGUGCUGUAGAGUGGUGCCCCAUAUGCUGCUGGGUUGGAUUUCGCGCUCACGGGAGUGUGCGUGGUGAUAUCUCAUGCGCACGCUAUGUUAUGGAUACUCCGAUGCUUAUCAUAAUUAGCCACCUUCUAUUCUAUGGCUUGGCGCUCCCGACUUUUGUCCCAUAGGCGGUGUGUACGCUCGCGCGAGGCUCGGCGGAUCUCACACACGGCCCCACAACACCCACUCGCCAUAGGAUUCGUGCUUGAUGGUAGGUCUCAUAUCUGCCGAUCGCGCUGCGGACUCGGGACCGAAGCGGGGCUUCACAGCGACGUCGGAAUUGGCACCGGCACGUCCGCCUUGCUGUCCACAUCGAGUGCCACGACAAACCGACUAACAAGGUUGUACCCACCCACCGUCGCGACGGCGUCAACCAUCUGCUUAUCGUUCAGGAACUUGUGCAGGCUGUUGAACACCGUCUGGGGCACUUGCACCGACUUUGUCAUGAAGUCGGCGAAGACCAUUGCUGCGUUCAGCUCAGGUGUGAGUGAGGAAUUCGGUAUGUGCGCCGAGGCAAAGGCGGGCGUGAGCCGGAUCUCGCGCAGCUGGAU